UCCUCCAAGAGGGGUGAAGAAUAGUAUCUCCAAACCGCCAUAGCAUAAGCUCGACGAGAUCUCCGCGAAUCAAAGGGGAGAAAAAGUUCAACCUUUCUCGACGCUCUCUCUGAUCGUUCGAAACCCUAAUUACAGUCCCCCUUCUGAAUUCGACCCUGAUCACCAGUUCGAUCGGUUUUGAUCGAGCGAUUCGUCAGGGAGUCGCUAUGCCGAUCCAAAACCCUCUGGUUUCCUGGGGUUUUAGCGGUUUCCUCUUUUUCCUCGUCUUCUUCUGCACUUUCCCAGAAAACAUUUCAACACAGGAAGUUACGUUGGAUUCGAUUCAGAUUUUCACCACACAUGAUUGGUUCUCAACUAAGCCAACAGUGUACUUUCAGUGUAAAGGAGAGAACAAGACGGUGCUGCCCGAUGUGAAGAAAAAGGAUGUGCUGUAUGGUUUCAAAGGCGAAGAGUCUUGGCAGCCCCUAACUGAACUUAAAGGGACAAAGUGCAAGAGAUGUGGGUUCUAUGAAGAAGACACAAUCAUCAAGUCAAGUGAUGUGUUUGACGAGUGGGAGCUUUGCCCUUCUGAUUUCACAGCAGAAGGCAAAUACACCCACUCCAAAGAAAAAGAACUAAAUGUCACUCUCCUUUGCCACGGAUGCUCUCACAACACAUCAGCUUCGAAUGCAGAAUCCGGGUCACGAAAGGAAGAUGAGAGCAAGAGGAUACACCCCGUGAUCGUGGUUUUGAUAGUGGUAGUGGUUUCAGGUGUAGUGUUGGUGGGGGUUUUGGCAGGGUACAAGUACUGGCAGAGGAAGAAACGGCAACAGGAACAGGCCCGGUUCCUAAAGCUGUUUGAAGAUGGAGACGAGAUUGAGGAUGAGCUCGGGAAUACCCUAUAACCCGGUCCGAGCCGGAAUCACCUCAUAUAUGUACAGCUUCUUGACGAUCGCUCACAUGGAUUUUUGGUUAAUCUUUCUUCUCACCGUUUUGUCAAAGGGGCAACGAAUACUCGGAAUACUGCAGACUCAAGAUUCUCAUCACUGUCCAUACCUUGAGUCGAACCAAAUGAUAUCCGGUUCUGAUUUGGUACGAUUUUUGUAAAAACUAGAAUAAGAAGUGAACCAAGUCCGAUAAAUACCAAAACUAAAACAAAUUAUAUAAAAUGUAUAUGCGAAAAUUAAGCUUCA